AUGGCGCCGUCCACGCACGCAGCUGUCCUGCUUACAGUUUGCCUCCUAUCUUGCUACAUGACAAUCCCGUCGUUGGCUGCGUCCGGCGAAUUCCUCCAGUGCCUCUCGGCGAACAUCCCCACCCAGCUCGUGGUCACGCCGAGUUCGCCGUCCUUCGAUUCGGUUCUGGUGUCGUCAAUCAGGAACCCCAUGUUCUUCACUCCGACGACGGUGAGGCCGCUCUGCAUCGUGAUGCCCACCAACGCGUCCCACGUUCAGGCCGUCGUGCUCUGUGGCCGACGCCACGACGUGCGCGUCCGCGUGCGCAGCGGUGGACACGACUACGAGGGCCUCUCGUACAGGUCCGAGCGCCCCGAGACGUUCGCCGUGGUCGACCUCUCGAACCUCCGCGCCGUGCGCAUCAACCGUCGCGCGGCCACCGCGUGGGUGGACUCCGGCGCGACUCUGGGGGAGCUGUACUACACCGUCGCCAAGGCGGCACCGGAGCUCGCGUUCCCUGCCGGCGUCUGCCCGAGCGUCGGCGUGGGCGGCCACUUCAGCGGCGGCGGCAUGGGCAUGAUGAUGCGCAAGUACGGCCUGCCCGUCGACAACGUCAUCGACGCCACGCUAGUCGACGCCAACGGCCGGCUCCUGGACAAGAAGGCCAUGAAGAGGGACCUCUUCUGGGCCAUCCGCGGCGGCGGCGGGAACUUUGGCAUCGUGCUGUCGUGGAAGGUCAAGCUCGUGCGGGUCCCGCCGACAGUGACGUUCUUCAACAUUCGGAAGAGCGUCGACCAGGGCGCGGUCAACGCCGUGGCCAAAUGGCAAACGCUCGCGCCGGCGCUUCCAGAUGAGCUCAGCAUACGGGUGAUCGUGGGCAGGGAUGCUCUCUUCCAGUCUCUAUAUCUCGGCAGCUGCGGCGAACUCGAGAGGACGAUGAGCAGGCUGUUCCCCGAGCUCGGCAUGACGCGCGCCGACUGCCGGGAGAUGAGCUGGCUGCAGUCCACCGUGUACAUCAACUCCGGCGACACCAAGACGCCCCUGGAGACGCUCCUCAACAGGACGACCAGCCUGAGCACUUUCUCGAGGAACAAGUCCGACUACGUCAAGAAGGCCAUCACGAAGGACUUGUGGGAGAAGAUCUUCCCCUGGUUCAACAAGGCGGGCGCGGGGAUCAUCCUCCUGGAGCCUCACGGCGGAAGAGUCGGCAGCAUCGCCGACACCGCCACGCCAUACCCUCACCGGAGCGGCGUCCUUUACAACAUCCAGUACGUCGCGUUCUGGACGGGCAACGGCACGGACGCGCCGAACUGGAUCAAGGACAUGUACGACUUCAUGGAGCCGUUCGUGAGCAAGAACCCGAGGGGCGCCUACGUGAACUACCGGGACCUGGACAUCGGGGAGAACACGGUUGUCGGCGGCGUCACGAGCUACGAAAGCGGUAAGGCGUGGGGUGAGAAGUACUUCGGGGGGAACUUCAAGCGGCUCGCCAUCACCAAGGGGAAGGUGGAUGCCGGCGACUACUUCAGGAACGAGCAGAGCGUGCCGCCGCUUGUCUCCAGGAAGUGA